AUGGCCGAUACCAGCUGCCACUCGUGUCGUCGACGGCGGGUCAAAUGUGACCGGACAUUGCCUGAGUGUCGCAAGUGUACCCUAGCCGGCAUCGAAUGCCUCGGCUAUGGUCGUCUGAUCCUCUGGAACAAAGGGAUCGCCAGCCGGGGGAAGAUGAUGGGCAAGACGUUUGAUAUGUCCUUAUCGCCGCACAGCAAGACUAAGCCACCGUCUCAAUUCAGUAGCACAUCCCAGUUCAGUAUCUGUUCGUCCCUAGUCGAUCCUCUUCUGCAGGACCUCGGAUCGCGAAAUGCGCGAUAUAUCUACCAUUUCGAUCAAAUCUUCUGCAAGGAGAUUGUCAUCUAUGAUACCCCCAACCUGAAUCCCGUCCGUCAGUUGCUGGCUUAUCUGAGCGAGUAUCCGAUGCUGCGGGAGGUGUUCGUCGCCACCUCCGCUUGCCAUUUAUACUAUUUGUCGCCGGCGCAUGCGCGCUCGGAAACCGUCUAUCGCGAUGCACUAGUCGCCAAGCAGAAGGCCUUGCAUCUGCUCAAUCAGGCCCUGUCGGACCUCGCCUCUGCUGAUAUUGACCUGAUCGUUGCGGCCAUCCUCGUCCUCAUGUAUCUUGAAUGGAUCGACUCUGGGACCGACGUCUGGCGCAUCCAUCUCGAGGGGGCAAAGCGUCUGAUUAACUGUCUCCGACGGCAGACGGGGUCACCAGCUAUCUCAUCCCCCGCACGAAUCCUUCGUCGAUGGCUUGUCUCAGAACUAUUAGUAUUCGACAUCAUCGGCAGCACCAUCUCUAAAUCUAUCCCCCUGACACCUUCGAUAUACGGUAUCGAAGACGGCUUUGACCUCACCGCCAUGCUCGCCACCGCCCAAACCAACAACUUCUGCUCCUGCCCCGCCCAACUCCUGCAAUGCAUCCUAACCCUGGUGCAGCUAUCCGAGACCUCGCCUCUCUCAGACACCCAGGAAGCCACAGUCGCAGGGGUCCUCGACACCGUGCGGUCAUUCAACCCCUUCGAAUGGGCCCUCUCCAUGCAGAGCCUUUCACCUUGCGCGGACCUCCACCAGAGGACGUGGAUCGCGAGCGCCUAUCAAGCGGCGAUUGCGUUGUAUGCACCAAGGUUGGUGAUUUCCUCGCCAAACCGUCAUCGUCUACAAGACGAUGAGUCCUCGCCCGACGAGCAAACCGAGAUCCAGAUCCAAACGCAAAUCCAAGGAUACGACGAACGCGAAAGAGAACAUCUCGUCAACACCAUCGUCACCCAACUCUCCCAACUCGACGUCGACAGCGGUCUCUUCAAAUCCAGCAUUUGGCCGAGUUUCAUCGCCGGCGCCGAAGCCACCAGGCCGGAGCAUCGGAGUUGGGCGUUACGGCACCUCGCUACGGUGUCGAAGGCGUUGCCGUAUAAGACGUCGACGCUUGCGAUGGACGUGCUAGUUUUGAUUUGGAGGGGGGAGGACGGUGCUACUCACAGUGAUGGUAAGGAUGGACUGGGGAAGGGGAGUCAGGGGAGAGGGUGGAUUGAGAUGACGAGGAGUUUGGGGGCGGACUUUUUCGUGGCUUGA